UCCGUGUCUGCGUGUCUGCGCUUUCCACAAAUUAGUUUCUCUGCAACCAUCGCUGAUUGUUUUUGUUUCUUUGUCUGCGCACAACCAAAUGCGCGUUUCCAGCAAGAAUGGCUUCUCGUCCUCCUGAUGGCGUGUCUCAUCCGCAGGAGAUUAUUGCUGAUCCCUAUGAUUCUCCCACAGAAGCGAAUUUCGAGGAGGUGCGCCGAGUAUACGCCCUGACAACUUGGAUACGGGACCAUCCCGACGAGGCGCCCAAUGUUCUCGGAAAGAACAACGCACGGCUGAGCAAGCCUGAGGCCCGCCUCACUAUCUGGCCUCCUGGAGUAAGACAUACAGACUCUCAGCUGAGGGCCAUAUGGAAAUUCUGCAACCCAUUGUGCUGGCAAUUGGCACCUUACGCCUUUAGGUCUGGACUAAGACCAUAUGACGAGUUCUCAUGGGUAAUGCAUGCCACCAGGAAGCGCUUUCCAUCGAAUCGAAACACCGUACCCAGACCUGCUAUCAACACACAGCCUCAGCACCCACCUACUUCAACGAUCGUUCGCGGCAUUGACACUUCAGCCUCAAGCUCAACAGUAGUUGAUUUAACCCCGACAGCAGGAUCUCAGAAUCAUCAGUCGCUCCCACCAGCUCCAGCGGCACAACCUCCAGCCACUACAUCCAGCAUAACACUACCAACUCCAGUUCUUCAGCGUAGAACAACCCUUCCAAGAGAUACAGCCAGUGACACAAGACAAUGUGUCUCUAGACCUGCCAGCAUCUCCGCUUCCUCGGCCACAUCAAAUGUUCCGUCAUAUCUUUCACUGCCAUCUACGCCAACGCCGACACCUAGAGAGAAUGCACAGCACACUCCCUCACAGUUCGCUCACUUGACUUUCCCACAAUCAAGUAUCACUGUGGACAGUGCUCCAUCACAACGCCCAUACCAACAUUCCUCAUGUGCUUCUUCACAUCCGGGAAUACCACGAUCUGGUCGUCCUUUUCUGCCACCAUUUCCUCUCCCUCCAGGACCUUGGAAUCCCUCUAUGUGGAACGGCAACUUGCCAUUUCUCCCUCCACCUCCUCCACCCCCGCAUCUUUGGGCCUCACUAUUGAGAAAUGUCAACUUACCACCUCCACCACCUCCUCCCCUCGCCUCGGCUCCCUUGAACACCACCCCCAAUGCGGCCUACCUCCAGCAGCGCCCUCGCCACACCUCUGACCACCCAAGUUCUCCAACCGUUACCCAAACUCGUCCAUAUGAUUCUGGAUCUUACACCAUGCCUGUUCGCUCAUUCGAUCAACUCAUGGCAGGAAACGACAGACGCGAUGGCUUUCGGAGAGAUAAGACAUCACACGAACAAUCUCACAGCCCAAGACCUACAGGCACCGCACUCUCGACUCCACAGUCGCUGCAUAUUGAGACAAAGCCUUUGCGAGAACUUGAGAUUCCACUUCUUCCUGCAUCCAGAAAUGCUGCGGUAUUGGCCGCAUCUUUUUCCCGCCCAACCGUGGAUACUAUCGAUGCCGACACCAAACGCGAUCUGAAAGUGACCACCUCGCGGGGAGAUGCAGGCGAGUCUGAACAUCACCAAAAGGGCAAAGGACGAGCGGAUUUGAUUGAUAAGUCGACACCUUGUGCAAUACCGAUAUCUGGAAACAUUCCGCCAGUUGUAGCAGAGAAUACCCCAGCUUCUCAGUCUCCAGCCAACUCACGUUUGAGCAGCAACUUGACAACUCGCAUUCCAGGCUUGAACUUCGCUGAUCGGGAGAUGCAAACGUCGGGCCAAUCAAAAGCAUUUGGUAAACAGCCUCUGAAGGGUACCAUCACGUCAAAUGCCGCAACUUUCCCUUCAUCUCUUCCGACUGAAAGGCAGAACAAGAGCGCUGCUCGUGAUUGCAAGAGCUGCAACAGAAAGCACGCGGGAGAUUGUAUCCCUGUUUGCCUCGACUGUGCUAAGAGACACCUAGGCAUAUGCCAGCCUUGCACCUUCUGUCCUCACAGACAUGUCGGCACUUGCCAUUAUUGCGAAAAGUGCGACCGUCGACACGUUCAACAAUGUCGAAAGUGUGACAACUGUAAGAGCUGGCACGUGGGUCAGUGCUUGUGGUGUAACCGAUGUCAAGAGAAACACAAAGGACCAUGUCCUUACCUUAUUCCUCCUCCAAGGCCCCAGCUCUUCAGCAGUAGUCUGGGAAGACCAGACGCAUUGCCCGUGAGGGAGACCUUGAAGGCUAGACAGCAGCCAGAUGCGUUAGUAGAGAUCGCAGCUAAGCCCGACAAAAAGCCACGGGCAUCAACCAAGACCCUUGAGAACAACCAUAUCUCAACAAGGACCGACCCAACUACACCAGCUGAUGCCAACGAUGCCAACGAUGCUAAGAUCAUCAUCUGCUGCAAGACAUGCGGUAAACAUCACGAGCAGAACAGACAGCCAUGCGGAUGCGGAAAAUGCCAUAUUUUCAAGGAAGGAAAUCCUCGGAACAUGUGCGAUGACUGUGACAAAUGCCAUCGUCGUGGUAAAUGCACGGAGAAGGGGAAAGAUGUCCGAGCAGAAAAGAAGCGCAAGGCUGAGGAAGAAGACGUCAAGCCGGCUGUCUUGCCUAACCGCUCUGGACUUGCAGACCGGCCCAAGAAGAAGUCUCGAAAGUCAUCGAGUAUUGGAACAAAAGGUGAUCCUAUCCAACUCGAUUCUGAAUGAUGAGGUUCAACAGAUUAUCUCACACUCACGAUGGAUGGGACGGGUCCGCCGCUGCGGUCCUUUUGCUCGAUCGCACUUACUGCAGUACAAGUUGCUGAGAUGAUUUCGCCGGGGCAUCCUCCCGUAGACCCUUUGCUUCUACUCAACAUGGAGUCAAACUUCGAACAAGCAAAAGGUGGAAAUGCCAACUA